AUGCUGAAUCGGAUCGCAAAGACUGCGGCCCGCACUUCGGCCAGGGCGUCCGGAGUGAUCAACAAUGCGCCCAUGAAGGAUCAAGAUCGAAUCUUCACAAACCUGUACGGCUUCCACGACUGGUCGAUCAAGGGUGCCGAAGCUCGAGGCGACUGGUACAAGACGAAAGAGAUCAUCCUCAAGGGUGCCGAAUGGAUCCAGCAGGAGGUUAAGGAUUCCGGCCUUCGAGGACGUGGUGGUGCCGGUUUCCCCACUGGUCUCAAGUGGUCCUUUAUGAAUGUCCCUGUCACCGAUGGUCGACCAAAGUACCUUGUUGUCAACGCCGAUGAGGGAGAGCCAGGAACUUGCAAAGAUCGAGAUAUUAUGCGACACGACCCUCACAAGCUCAUCGAAGGCUGCCUGGUAGCUGGUUACGCCAUGGGUGCUCGAGCUGCCUACAUCUACGUCCGCGGAGAGUUCUACAACGAAACCUCCAAUUUAAUGUACGCUGUGCGAGAGGCAUACGCCAAGGGAUACCUCGGCGAGAACGCUUGCGGCACUGGCUACGACUUUGACGUUUACGUCCAGCGAGGUGCUGGUGCGUACGUCUGCGGCGAAGAAACCGCGCUUAUUGAAUCUCUCGAGGGAAAGCAGGGAAAGCCCAGACUGAAGCCACCAUUCCCCGCCGCCGUCGGCGCUUUUGGCUGCCCUACCACCGUCAACAACGUCGAAACUAUCGCCGUUGCUCCAACCAUUUGCCGACGAGGAGCCGACUGGUUCGCCUCCUUCGGACGAGAGCGAAACACUGGCACCAAGCUCUUCAAUAUUUCCGGAAACGUUAACACUCCCUGCACCGUUGAGGAGACCAUGUCCAUCCCGAUGAGAGAACUUAUUGAAAAGCACGCCGGUGGUGUCCGGGGCGGCUGGGACAACCUGCUAGCUGUCAUUCCCGGUGGUUCCUCCACUCCCCUUCUUCCCAAGCACAUUUGUGACGAUAUUAUGAUGGACUUCGACGCUCUUGCCGCUGCUCCAUCUGGUCUUGGCACUGCCGCUCUCAUCGUCAUGAACAAGGACGAUGAUCCAGUCGAAUGUAUCUGGCGAUUGAUGGAGUUCUACAAGCACGAGUCUUGCGGUCAGUGCACUCCCUGCCGAGAAGGCGUUUCAUGGAUGAACGACAUCCUCAAGCGAUGGACUUUCGGACAGUCUCGAGGACCCGAGGAAAUCGAACAGCUCUGGGAAAUCUCGAAGCAGGUCGAAGGAAACACUAUUUGCGCGCUCGCCGACGGUGCUGCAUGGCCAGCCCAAGGUCUUAUCCGGUGGUUCAAGCCUUACCUCGAGGAACGAUUUGCCGAAGACGUCCGAAGACAAGAGGCCGCCGGCAUUUCCCUCGAAGUUUGA